GAGAUUACAAAAUGGUUAUGUUUAGAAGGUUCUAUUGAAGGACGUAAAUGCUUUGCCUUCUAUGGCUGAUUCCACUCACAAUCCUCCUCACCUUCCUCUCUUUUAGUCUCCUUUCAACGGAACGUGUUCUUCGUUCAUACGAUCGUUAUAGUUACAGUAGUUGUCUAUUCACCUUUAGGCGCCGGCCUCCUCCGUAUACGAUAUCACGAUGUUACACAAAUGUGUACCAUUCGAAAUUAUGGAGCUAUUUUGUUGAACCCAUUUUAUUGGAAGGUAUCGUUGUUAAAAGAGUUGUCUCGAGCUCCUACGUAGCGUGUGGGCUGAUGAUGAAAAAUGGAGAAGAUCAUAUUUCCAAAGUGUACUAAUCCCAUCCCUUUUGUUGCUUUGAUGUCCUUCGUUCUAUGCUCAAUAUUGCUCUUCCUUGAUUACAAUGCCUUGUUUGAAACAAGAAGAAAUGAAGCCACUUCCAUGACCGAUGACUAUGCAAAUUCAUCGCAACCCAUUUCUCUAAACGCCUCCAUUGAUCCAAAACCAGAAGAAACCAUUGUCGAAGCUCAGAUCAUGAAGGAACCAGAAGAAGCCAUUGUGAAAACUGAUAUCAGUUCUUCCUCCAUUUCGCCACCAGCCAAAAGAUCAAGAAAAAAAGCGGCUCGUCACAAAGAAAGAUCCAGCAAAACCAAAACCAAAACCAAGACCAAAUCAAAAAAAGCCCGAUUCAAAACGGAGGAUUCCUCAUGCAAAGGGAGAUACAUUUACAUUCAUAAUCUUCCCAAGAAAUUCAAUGAAGGUUUGGCUAAGAGCUGCAAAUUACCUCAUAUGAAAUGGUCAGAAAUCUGCAGAUUCGUGUGGGAAAACAGGGGAUUAGGCCCAAAAGUUGAAAAUUCCAAACGAGUAUUAACCGAUAAAGGAUGGUAUUUCACGAACCAAUUCGCAUUGGAAGUGAUUUUCCAUAAUAGAAUGAAGCAAUACAAAUGCUUAACGAAGGAUUCAUCUAAAGCCUCAGCAAUUUUUGUGCCGUUCUAUGCAGGGCUUGAUGUUGGACCUUACCUUUGGGGAUUCAAUGCCUCAGUAAGAGACGAAGGGUCAAUUGAAAUGGCGAAAUGGGUAUCACGAAGAACAGAGUGGAAAGCCAUGUGGGGUAGAGACCAUUUCUUGAUUGGAGGAAGAAUCACUUGGGAUUUCAGAAGGGACAAUGGACAGGAAUCAGAUUGGGGCUCAAAGCUCAUGCUUUUACCAGAAACCAAGAACAUGACGAUGCUGACAAUCGAAACAGGGUAUUGGAACAAUGAUUUCGCAAUCCCAUAUCCCACUGACUUCCACCCUUCAAGCGACUCACAAAUCACAGAAUGGAAGAAGAAGGUGAAAAAACAGAGGAGGCCCUUCCUUUUCGCGUUCAUAGGAGGGCCAAGGCCAUCGCAAGAAACCUCCAUUAGAGGGGAGCUGAUAAACCAGUGCAAGGCCUCAAAAAGCUGCUCGUUUUUGGCCUGCAUCCCUGGGGAGAAGAAAUGUGGUGACCCAGUGGUAGUGAUGAGCACGUUUUUGAGCUCUGUUUUUUGCUUGCAGCCACCAGGGGACUCAUUCACGAGAAGAUCGAUCUUUGAUGCCAUUAUAGCUGGAUGUAUUCCUGUUUUCUUCCACUCUGGAACGGCGUAUGCUCAGUACAUUUGGCACUUUCCAAAGGAUCACAAGAAGUACUCUGUUUUCAUACCGAUGGUUAAAGGGAAAGAGGUGAAUGUUAGUAAGGUUCUGGAGGGAAUCUCUGGUAAAGCAAUUGUGGGUAUGAGAAACCAGUUGAUUGGAAUGAUUCCUGGUGUGAUUUAUGCAGACCCCAGAUCGAGAUUAGAGGGUUUUGAGGAUGCUUUUGAUAUUUCUGUUAAAGGGAUUCUUGAGAGAGUGGAGAUGGUGAGGCAGGGGAUUAAGGAGGGUAAUGAUCCAAGCAUUGGCUUUGCUGAUAUGAACCCUACAAAGUUUGAAAUGCUUAGACUUACAUGAACAAUAUAAGAGUCGUGAACUAGAACAGUAAACGACAUUAUAUUAAAAUUUGGUGAGUAAACUUGUAUCAUUGCAUGAAAUAACUUUACGUGUAGGUUGUUUUGUUUAGGUUUAAUGUUAUGUUGACCCUCGCUUUACUCCAAAUUUAAGUGUUAAUCAUGUCGCUUUACUCCAAAUUUGGAUAUAGAAGGGAUAUAUAGGUCUGUUUAAUACAAUCUUAUACUCGUUUAAGCUAGAAUCGAUCCCAUAAAGCAAGACAAUCACAAGUUAUCCUUCAACCUCGAAUGAAUAAACAAUUUCUCGAGCCAAGAAGAUGAUUAUGAAUUUUUUAAUAAUUAAAAUCUCCAAUAUUAGUUGGGUUGUCAAUGUAUUUGGUAAGAGCUCGAUUUAUUAUUAUCAAAAAAGAAAAAAAAAAACUGAAUUUAUUAAAGUUACUUACAUCACCAAAA